UCUCGACCUCUCAGCUCUGUGCAAGUCUGCACACCCACACAUAUAUAUAUACUCAUAUAUAUAUAUAUAUAUAUAUAUAUUUACAUACACAUACAACUUUCCCUGACACUUUUUCGUUUAAAUAAAGAAAAAGAUAAAAAGUUUUUUUCUGUGAAUUGAUAAUUGAAUCAAUCGUCAUAGAAGCAGAGAUUCAACCUUCUCCUCCUUUCUUUAUCUUUCCCUCUCACAAACAGAAACUUUUCAAAAAAAAAAAAAAGAAGAAAAUCACCGAAACGAUGGCGUUUCACCACAAUCAUCUCUCUCAAGACCUCUCUUUCAAUCAUUUCACCGACCAAGACGGACCUCCUCCGCCGCCUCCGCAACAGCAGCAGCAGCAGCAACAUUUCCACGACGCUCCGCCUCCUAAUUGGCUCAACACGGCGCUUCUACGCUCAGACAACAACAACUUCCUCAACCUCCAAACGUCCGCCGCCAACACCACCGCCGCAACCACCUCCGAUUCUCCUUCCUCCGCCGCUGCUAACCAGUGGCUACCCCGUUCCUCUUCCAUCCUCCAGCGUGCCGAAAACAACAACAGCUCCGGCGCCGCCGUUGUCGUCGACGAAGGAGGAGCAGAGACGAUGAUCGGCGGCGAGAACAAGAACGACGGAGGAGGAGGAGGAGCUGCGACGGCGGCGGAGGGAGUAGUGAGCUGGCAGAAUGCGAGGCAAAAGGCGGAGAUACUCUCCCAUCCCCUCUACGAGCAGCUUCUGUCGGCGCACGUCGCGUGUCUGAGAAUCGCGACGCCGGUUGAUCAGCUUCCGAGGAUCGACGCGCAGCUUGCUCAGUCGCAGAACGUCGUCGCGAAGUACUCUGCUUUAGGCGCCGGCCAAGGACUCGUCGGCGACGACGACAAAGAGCUUGACCAGUUCAUGACGCAUUAUGUUUUGCUUCUGUGUUCUUUCAAAGAGCAACUUCAACAACACGUGCGUGUUCAUGCAAUGGAAGCUGUCAUGGCUUGCUGGGAGAUUGAGCAGUCUCUUCAAAGCCUAACAGGCGUGUCUCCGGGAGAAGGCACGGGGGCAACAAUGUCUGAUGAUGAAGAUGAACAACAAGUAGAGAGCGAUGCUAAUAUGUUCGAUGGAGGAGGAGGCUUAGAUGUAUUGGGGUUUGGUCCUCUGGUUCCUACUGAGAGCGAGAGAUCUUUGAUGGAGCGUGUUAGACAAGAACUCAAACAUGAACUCAAACAGGGUUACAAGGAGAAAAUAGUAGACAUAAGGGAGGAGAUACUGAGGAAGAGAAGAGCUGGGAAGUUACCAGGAGACACCACUUCUGUUCUCAAAGCAUGGUGGCAAUCUCAUUCCAAAUGGCCUUACCCUACUGAGGAAGAUAAGGCGAGGUUGGUGCAGGAGACAGGUUUGCAGCUAAAGCAGAUAAACAAUUGGUUCAUUAAUCAGAGAAAGAGGAACUGGCAUAGCAAUCCAUCUUCUUCCACUGUCUUGAAGAACAAACGAAAAAACAAUGCAGGUGACAGUAGCGGAAGAGAGCGUUUCACGUAGAAAGAACAAAGUAUAUGGAGUGAAUUUUGGAGCUGGGUUGGAUGGGAUUCGAAGCUGUGUUUAGGGGUUAAAGUUGGGUUUAUACAGGAGAGGGGACAGUAUUAGAAAGCAACUUUUUGUGCAAUUACAACAUAGUACGUAGUUUGGUUAUGUGAUGCCAUAUAUUUAUUAGUAGUACACACAAACCAAAGAUGAAAAAGAUGAUUCAGGCUUUUGUUUGAUGUUUAUUAUGAACCAUCAUAACUUCAUCAGCAUAGUAUCUUGUGAAUAAGACAGUGAAUGGAGGGCUUUGGGAUGCACAGUUUCUAUAUAAAGAAACAUCUCCAGACUUGGUAGGCUUUAAAGUAUUCAAGUGCUUUUGUUUUAUUUAUUGCGUAAUACUUGGGAGUAAUACUAAAAAGUACAUGUGGUUCAUUUGC